AUGUUAGAAACUCGUAUAAAUGACUUUGGUAUGGAAGAUGUGCAUUCAGAAAUCACCAAACAAGUACCUGUAGUUCGCAAUACUUUACCAACAAAUGUCGUGAUAUUGAAACCUGGUGAUCCACCCAAUUGUAAUGAAAAUGUUCAUGCAGCAUGUGAAAUGUACCAUGGUGAUUUACCUCAUG